AUGGUGGAAGAAGAUGAAACAGCUGGUAAAACACCAGAAGAGUGUCGUGACCUUGGAUUAUGGGAAGUAGAUUUGGUCUAUUAUAGUCUUUACGGGAACAAUAAGAGUGAAUCUUCUAAGAAUAAGCGCGGCAAAGCUUAUAAAGCUCGAAGUGACAGUGAAUACAAGUGUUUUGAAUCCCAUGAUGGAGUCUUGUAUCGGCCAGGUGAUCACGUUUUUAUUGAAACAUCUCAGUGCGAUCCAUAUUUUAUUGGAACAAUAUCUAAUUUUAAAAUGACAAAAAGAGACCAGCUUUCGGUAAAAAUAACGCGAUUCUAUCGUCCUGAGGAUGUACCUGAAGACAGUUACUCACUGCUACUUCAAGAUCGUCAAGACGAUACAUCUCUCAACCAUACUGUAAUGACUGCUAUGCAAACUCGUGAAUUGUUUUCCUCUGAAAUAUCAUCUGUGCACCCAAUCUAUCAUCUCAGGGCUGAAGAAUUUUUGGAAGAUAUGAGUUCUUGGAAUUAG